AUGGCGAACAGAUACUCAGUCCUCGACACCUUCUCCGUCACCACGCCCUCCCUCUCGGUGGUGAUUCGCGCCGAUGACACUCCAAUACCAGCAGAGCUCAGGGCCCAGCCGAAUCCUGGAAAUCUUGUAACUGUCCAUGCAGCAUGGCGUGGCGAAGGGAAACAAGCGGAGCAACUGUCCGAAAACGAAGAGGAUAUGGAGACACAGAACGCACUCAGAGAACGUCAAAUGGUCCAGCAGCGGUUAAUGCACCUACACAGCCAGCAGAACCUUGACCAGAGUCAGCUGAAGGAACUCAAAGAAUUGCAGGAGCAAGAGAAUACCAUGAGAGGUCUGGAGGAAGAGCAGAUGCGAGAACACGCACAUUACCUCACCAUGUUGCAAAGGGCUGAUUCAAAACAUGCAGACAGAAUCUAUGGCGUCUUUGGCGCGCCCCCGCCCAUUAAACCACUUGACGCGGUAGUUACAGAGGAGGACCCUGAAGGUUUCAUCAAGAGAAUUUCAACUUACGAGACAAAGGACUUCACAUAUUGGGACAAGCUGAGACGACGCAAUACCGAGACUGUCAUCAGGAGAUGGCAUACAUAUAUUCCAACAGGAGAAGAGGACACGGCUUUCUUUGAACGCAAUAUUCUGGCCCACGUCGCCGGUGAAGCCUACCGCCAAGGCAUCUACUAUAAAGAGCUCGAUACAGGUUUGACAGGCGCUCGAGAAUAUAAGCUGCCAACGGAGUCUUACGUCGCCCCUCCAGUAUACAUUCGCCGUACCGGAAAUCCAGAAAAGCGCGUGUACGACCCGAUCAGGCAGAUGGCAAGGAACGUGUACUCUUGCUCAACCUGCGCUAGCUGCUGA